CUCCGCUUCCCCCCCCCAGUCAGUCCCUCAACAAUCAGCCGGCUGCUAUCGGGAAGAGAUCUCUCUGCCGCCUUGGACUUAUUUUCAUUUCCAGAUCGGACACCGAAGCACUGUCCCAGAAGAUGCUCUCCUUUCCGCUACCUGCCUUGGCUCUCUUGCUGAUCACAGACGCGGCAGUGCACGGUAUCAGUCAUGAGAAAUGGCCUGGCACCGUGGCUCAGAACAACAAGGAUCGAUCCUGGAACAGAUUCAGAGAUGAAGCAGAAGAUGACUACUUUAAAAGCUGGGCUCCUGCCAAGUCUCUGGACCAAGAUCGAGUGGUUGGACCUGGCAGAAUCAGAGAUGAAGGAAUUCAAGCCCCGGCUGCCAAAAAGACUGGACAAAAUGGCCCUGAUGCCACCAAGGACCCGUGUCUGAGAGUUCGCUGUCCUCCUCACAAGGUGUGCAUCAGCCAUGACUUCCAGACGGCCAUCUGCACCAAUCACAAGCAACCUUCACACAGUGUGAAGGCCAGGAAAGGCAGCAUAGGCCACAAGCACAGGGUUGAACCUGGACCUCAUGGGAAAUGUAGACUCUGCUCAGCAUUCCAUUCAUCCCCUGUUUGUGGCUCUGAUGGACACACCUACUCAUCAAAAUGUAAGUUGGAAUUUCAGAGCUGCAUGUCUGGGAAGACAAUCUCCGUUAGAUGUGAUGGACAGUGUCCCUGCAUGCCUGGCCAGGAGUUCAGCAAAGCACCACAUCAUUCAGAGAAGGCUGGCUGCUCAGAUGCAGAGCUCCACAGUCUGGCUGCCAAACUGAAGGACUGGUUUGGAGUUCUCCACCUCGAUGCCAACAGAGACCUCAAAUCUCCUGACAGUUUUGACUCCACCGCCGGACAUUUUGACACCAGCAUCCUGCCUAUUUGUAAGGACUCACUGGGCUGGAUGUUCAAUAAGCUUGAUAUGAACUUCGACCUGCUGCUGGACCAAUCAGAGCUAAAUGCCAUUUAUUUAGACAAGUAUGAGCUGUGUAUGAAGCCUCUCUUCAACUCCUGCGACUCCUUUAAGGAUGGGAAGCUAUCCAACAAUGAGUGGUGCUACUGUUUCCAGAAGCCUGAAGGACUUCCUUGUCAAACUGAAAAAAGCAGGAUCCAGAAUCAGAGUCGGAGAAAGAGCCUCAUAGGCUCCUAUAUUCCUCGUUGCACCGAGGAGGGCUACUACAAACCUACUCAGUGUCACGGCAGCACCGGCCAGUGUUGGUGCGUGGACAAAUAUGGUAACGAGAUCGCCGGAUCCAGAAAACAAGGCAACCCCAACUGUGAUGAGGACCCUGAGACUUCAGGGGAUUUUGGUAGUGGUGGUGCUGUCAUUCUCCUCGAUGAUCAGGAGGAGGAGCCAUUACACAGUGAACGCAGCAGGCAGAAGAAAAGGCGGGGCAGGAUCCAACCCCGCGGAACUAUUGAGGACGACGAAGACGAGGAUGAGGACAAGGAUGAUGAAACUGGCUAUACCUGGUAGCUCCACUACGUCCUUUUACUUUACCAUCAGCUGACCAGAAAACUCUGUCAACUCGGCACAGAUCUGAAGCCAUUCCAACUCCUCUUCCUUCAGUUACCUUGGCAGUGGUCCAUCUAUUGACUCUAAACCUGCUCUUGUAAUUCCUGCAACUUAUCCAACCCUUUUCUUCAGUGAACCUCAUGCAAAGUUUUCUCUUCAAGUUCACUAUUUUGUCAGAUAAAUAAAAGAGAACUCAUAGAAACAAAACAAAACUCUCAUGACAUUGUAAGAACUAUUCCAAUCCCCCACCAAAAAAAAAUAACCUUUCCAAUUCCUACACCCUUAAAAUAUGGAUAGUUUUGUUUUUUUUGUGGUUUUAUUUUUCCUGUACUCACCCUCUUUCUCUCUCUUAUCGUUGUGAGUAUCAGUGUCUCUGGUCAGUCUGUAAGCCCAGAUACAUUAGCUGAUAUAUUGGAUGUAAAUAUGUUUCCUCCAGGACGGCUUGAUUGUGGAUUAUUUUCCCUGUUGUUCGUUUGCAGCUUUUUUCUGUUCUGUGUUCCACCACUGGCCUCCCUCCAGUGUUUUCUGCAAAUUGCUGCCACAGAUUAAAGCUCUGAGAUCCCCCACCACCAAUUACGCCAAUCUCCACCUCUCUCUCUCUGUGUUAAUUACUGGAGGAUUGUAAAUUAUUUUUUUUUUUUUUGUUGGUUUGUUUCUUUCUUUUCAUUUGGUAUUUGAAUGUCUCCAGAAAGCCCAAGAAACACUGAGAUUAAUGAUGUAUUGUUGUUGUCGUUGCAUGUUCCUCAUCUUGUACCUGUAAAAGAGAGAUUUACCUGGCCGGGUCCAGCUCUAUGCAUCUCAAACUGAAAGUGAUACCUAUUUUGGCUGCUACAAUACUUCGUUGUUGCUAUGUUGAUGCUGUCUAGUGUCCUUUCGGUUCUUCUCCCAAUCUCAGGAGGUAGUAAUUUGUUUUGUAGACAUCGCAGGCCUGGAGUUCAAAUCUGUAUGCCUUGGUCUACUGGUAUUCUGCAAAGUGGUCUGUAGGGCUACUUAGGCCUUUUGACACUGCAUGGACAUUGGAUGAGGUAGCUGCUCCUGAGCUGGGAGGACAUAUGAAAUCCAGUGGAGAUGAGAGUCUGCUCUGCCUCCAAACAUUGGAUAUGUUCAGUGAAUUUAAAUCAAAUGCGUGAACUUUUAUUUAUUUUCAAAUUUCAGUAAAAUGGCACCUUGGGUGUCUUUUGAACCUUGUGCUGAUGUCCA